AUAAACUUGCAUUCAGCAAAAAAUUGUACUCUCCAAAAGAUACAAGUACACGCUUAGUUCAUUAUUUCUAAAAAUAAUGGGAAUCAAGAAUCUUCGUCGUGUUAAUACUAGUAUAAUGACCUUGGAGGAGUUCAAGGAGUGGAUGCUGAAAGAAAUUGACGAUGAUAAAGAUGGCAAGAUAAGCAAAGAUGAACUCUCCGCCGCUGUCCGUCGCCACGGAGGAUGGUUUGCUAGUUGGAAGGCCAAGUGGGGGGUAUGGUCAGCUGACUCCAAUGGCAAUGGCUUCGUUGAUGACAGUGAAAUCCGUAACCUAGUGGAUUUUGCUCAUAAGAACUUGGGUAUCAAAAUUAUCUUUUGAUAUUGCAUGUGCCUUUUAUAUUGUCACUCUACUAUUAUGGUGCCUUCGUAGUGUCACUGUGUGAUAAAAAGAAAAAUUGAAUAAUAUGUAUUCUCUACUAA